CCUCUCUAAUUAUGCGUUGAAGUGAAGAAAAAAGAAAUGGCGACCCGAAUCCCUCUCGGUGGUGCAGGCAGUUCUUCCUACAUUCACAACUACCAACUCCAAGGACGCUAUAUACCUGCUCACCAUAAUGUGAUGACGGCCCAUGGCUCGGCAGGAAGGCAUAGUCUCAGUACCUCUCACAGCCGCAAGGUAGCAGGAGUCCAGCAGGGAAGAGUGAGUGACUUGGCCAAGAAGAGAAUGGGCGAGGUUUCAGCCUGGGCCUCAAAGGCACAGAAAAUGAAAAAGAAACGUCUUGGCGACAAAAUCCUAUCUGAAAGGGUGAGGGAUCUUGUACCGGAGUCUCAGGCCUACAUGGACCUCCUGGUGUUUGAGCGAAAGCUGGAUGCCACCAUUGCAAGGAAGAGGCUGGAAAUCCAGGAGAUGCUGCGUCGCCCUCUCAAGGAGAAGAGGAAGCUGAGGCUCUUCAUUUCUCACCAUUUCUUUACCACAGAGCCCGAGUCUGGGGAGGGACCUGGGAUUCCACAGUGGGAACUCAAGAUUGAGGGAGUCCUCUUAGAAGAGGGUGGAGCACAGGCAGACGCCAAGACCAAAUCCAAGUUCAGCUCUUUCUUCAACAACGUGGUCAUUGAAUUGGACAAGGAGCUGUAUGGACCGGACAACCACCUGGCAGAGUGGCACCGGUCCUCCUCCUCCUCCUCCUCCUCCUCUUCUUCUGCCGAGCUUGACGGCUUUACCGUCACCCGUCCGGGGGAAGGGACUGUCAAAUGUACCAUUCUUCUCACACUCAACUAUCAGCCGAUACAGUACAAACUGACCAGCAAACUGGCUAGACUGUUGGGAGUGCACACAGCUACUCGACCAGAUAUCAUCAAUGCCGUCUGGCAGUACAUUAAGUCCAAUAGGCUGCAAGAUCCUCAGGAGCGAGAGUACAUCAACAACGACAAGUACUUUCAGCAGAUUUUUGAGGUGCCGCGAAUGAAGUUUACUGAGAUUCCAAACCGUCUUCAGGGCCUCCUGUCCUCCCCUGACCCCAUCAUCAUCAACCACCUCAUCAAUGCUGAUGCUCCUGACCAGAAGCGAACCGCUUGCUAUGACAUUGAAGUUGACGUUGACAGUUCGUUGAAGUCUCAGCUACACUCUUUUCUCAUGUCGUCUUCCAGUCAACAAGAUGUCAAUAUCAUGGACAAUAAGGUACAAUACCCGAAGGCAGGAUACUCAAUCAGUAAGUAAUGUUUGAUUGUUUCGCUGCAGAUUCAUGAAACUGUGGAGCAGAUCAAUGCAAUCAAACUGCAGAGAGAAUUUUAUCUUGGAUUUUCACACAACCCUCAGAAAUUCAUCAAUGACUGGUUGGCAUCCCAGAGCAGAGAUCUGAGAGUAAAGACCGCACUAUACGUUGUCAGUUGCUCAUGUUUUUUGUUUUUUUACCAACAACAGGUGAUGAAGGACAAGAUGGGUAACCCUGAGUCUGAGAGAAGGGCAGAGUUUUACCAACAAUCCUGGUGCCACGAGGCUGUGCCCAGAUACUUCUACACCAAGGUGGCCCAGCGCAAGACUGAACUCGAACAAGCUAUGGGCAUCAAACAUCCAUAGUGCCUCUGCUGCAACCGUUUCGAUCCAUGGACACUCAAUGCUCUCACUGUUCACUCUCAUGAUGCACACAACAAUUAAAUUUAUAUACAUUGUACACCUUGAAUAAUUCUGAUGGACGUAUACUAAGGUGACCUUGGUGGGUGUUGUGCAAGGGUUCCUAUUGGUGACUGCCAACCUGUGACUGUGACUUUAACUGAGCCAAUCUAUCUCGAAUUGCUUCUCUUUCUUCCGUAGCUUUGCUGACUUACUGAGGCUUCUUGGUCCAGCCGCCACUCUAUCUCCUUCAGCUCCCACUCGACCUC